AUGCAAUUCUUGGUUGCGCUCGUGGGCUUGAGCUCACUCGCCUAUUCCUCCGUCAUUUUUGAGAAGCGUCACGAUGACUCGUAUAGUCGCUGCAACGCAGACAGAGGGCUUGAGCAGAAGGAUCUGGAGAAUGCUGGCCGCAUUCUGGGCGACAGCUUAUCUCUCCCCGGCGGGUUCCCCAUGCUGACCGACGAAUGCGUCUACAAGCGAGAGAACACCACCAUCGUAUCCAUCUGCAACGGUAACGCACGCAAUCGCACAAUCACUCAAGGUGAGGCCAAGCGAGGUAUUUCACAGCUGUUUAAAGACUGCAAUUCAAAGGGGACUUUCACUGGCGUGCACGUCGUCAACAACCUCACCUUUGCAGCCUACGGCAUCUAUGCGGGCAUCAACCUUAAGGCGCCUCCCGGCAUGAACCCCCCUGAUACUCCUGGUUCUGGCAGGGGACGAGGCAAAGCGACAUGGCUCGAGUUCGUCGGUGAAGGUCCUAUGCAAGCCAGAGCGGACGACAUUGAUUGCCCUGUUGGUUUUUUCGGAGAGACUCGGACGGACUGCGCCCGCCCAGAGGACAUCACGUACGACGAGGAAGAUGGUUCCUGUGGUCCAAUCUCGGCCCGUUCGAAUGAGUGGCUGUUGGGACCCGAGACGAGCGCACCGGGCGAAGCUGGAGAACCCAGAUCUCCGGGACAAGCCGUUGCGAUGACCGAAGGCGAAGAAACGUCCGUCAGUCAGGGGUUCUCGGCUGGCCUCGAAGGAGUGGUGAAAGAGGUUUUUGGAGCUGGUGUCACGUACAGCUGUCACCCCCGGAUGAGACUAACAAAGCAUCAAGGGAGCAGAAGUACCGCAAAAUUAAGCUCUUUCGAGCGUUCGGCGGACCCUCCAGCUUCCGACGAGUAUUGGAGCCGAUGGGUCUUCUUCCCUAAACUGAUUGAGAGUUGUGGCAACAUCUCCAAACAGAAGCUAGAGACAGCAAUCAUCGGCAAGGGUGGCAGCGCACCAGUAUGCAAAGGUGAUGUUGAGACACUCAAGGAUAAGUGCACCAUCUCACCAUACCUCGUGGAUGGUGAAGCCUCGGCUCUGUGGGCGCUACGUUAUGAGACUGAAGAUGGGGAGAGUGUGGAUUUGGACGAACAGCACGUGAGCUACAAAGAGAUAUGCAACAAGGCGGAUCCAGAUGGAGAUGGAGAAGAUGAAUGCACCGAGGAUGAACCCCCCACGCCAGACGAGUAG